AUGGACGUGGAUCCGGCGGGCGAGCAGGAUGAGGAGGAAGGACGAGAUGAUACCCUGCUUGCACGGGGCGGCGGAAGGCAUGUCAACGCCAACGACGAAGGUUCCCCCACUGCGCGGGGCGGCGGAAGGCAUGUCAACGCCGACGACGAAGGUUCCCCCACUGCGCGGGGCGGCGGAAGGCGUGUCAACCCCGAUGACGAAGGUUCCCCCACCGCACGGGGCGGCGGGAGGCGCAUCAGCGCCGACGACGAGGUUUUCCCCACUGCGCGGGGCGGCGGAAGGCGCAGCAAUGUCAACGACGAAGGUUCCCCCACCGCGCGGGGCGGCGGGAGGCGCGUCAACGCCGACGACGAAGCUUCUCCCACUGCGCGGGGCGGCGAGAGGCGCAGCAAUGUUGACGAAGGAGAUUUCCCAGCUGCUCGGAGAGAGGGGAAACAGGGGGACGCCGGAAAGAGAGAGCAGGAGCAGAGCCAAGGAAAGAAGAUGCAGGAGUAUUACGAGGGAGGCGAGACGGAAGAAGGCUCACCUAUGAGGCGGCGAGGCGGAGAAGUAUUUGAGCUGGCGGAGAGAGUGGAGCUGGCGGAGAGAGUGGAGCUGGCGGAGAGAGUGGAGCUGGCGGAGAGAGUGGAGCUGGCGGAGAGAGUGGAGCUGGCGGAGAGAGUGGAGCUGGCGGAGAGAGUGGAGCUGGCGGAGAGAGUGGAGCUGGCGGAGAGAGUGGAGCUGGCGGAGAGAGUGGAGCUGGCGGAGAGAGUGGAGCUGGCGGAGAGAGUGGAGCUGGCGGAGAGAGUGGAGCUGGCGGAGAGAGUGGAGCUGGCGGAGAGAGUGGAGCUGGCGGAGAGAGUGGAGCUGGCGGAGAGAGUGGAGCUGGCGGAGAGAGUGGAGCUGGCGGAGAGAGUGGAGCUGGCGGAGAGAGUGGAGCUGGCGGAGAGAGUGGAGCUGGCGGAGAGAGUGGAGCUGGCGGAGAGAGUGGAGCUGGCGGAGAGAGUGGAGCUGGCGGAGAGAGUGGAGCUGGCGGAGAGAGUGGAGCUGGCGGAGAGAGUGGAGCUGGCGGAGAGAGUGGAGCUGGCGGAGAGAGUGGAGCUGGCGGAGAGAGUGGAGCUGGCGGAGAGAGUGGAGCUGGCGGAGAGAGUGGAGCUGGCGGAGAGAGUGGAGCUGGCGGAGAGAGUGGAGCUGGCGGAGAGAGUGGAGCUGGCGGAGAGAGUGGAGCUGGCGGAGAGAGUGGAGCUGGCGGAGAGACAAUGA